AUGCCAGACUGUGGUUCUGGGUCGCAGCCGAGAAUCGACGUCGGGGACGCUUGCAAGGUGGCCUUUGCAAGCGCCUCCAGGAAGAAGCUGGAGUCUGCACUGGAACAGUACUCGGAAGACACCUCUGAACGGGAGAAGUGCCGAAGCAGAGCAAAGCUGUUGCGAAUUGCCUUAAUUUUCUCUCUCCUCACCGCAGCUUGUGGUGCUAUGUUGGAGGAAGUCUGCAUGGCACUGGUGCCACGGUGGAUACAGUUGGUGGGCUUGGUCUUGUCCGUAUUGAGGUACGUGUUCCUGGCGCCAACUUCAAUGUAUAAUGAGUUUCUGGAUGUUUUGACAGACGACAAGCAAUGGUGGGAUGUGGUUGGGAAAAUGGAAAAAAGGAAGAAAAUCAACGCUGCCAUAGACGAAAGUCUCAAAGAGGGACGCUUGCAACAUAUCGAGACAUCUGGCCUGGGCUUCUGGACGAGAAAAAUUCUGCAAUUUGGAGAACUUAUGGGAACACAUUUGCCUGCCAAUAUCAGCAAUGAGCUCCGGGAUGCUCUUGAGAAGCGUGGCUUGAACGUGAGAACACAGCAGGGCGACGUUGACGCAGCAUGGAAUUCCGCUACGAUCAAACAAGGAGCAUAUUUCAGUCUUUUCAUGGUCAAGGAUAUCAUUGCAAUAAUUGGAAUGAAGAAAAUUAGCAAUAAAUUGCUGAGGCAACAAGUACUGGCAGAGAGCACGAUUGGGGCCAACUAUAUGCAAAAUUUGGUAUUUGGCAUUCUCCUCAUGGUCGUCGUUCGUCAGAGACUGGCUAUGGGCACAGGAAGGAAGAUUGCGAUCAUAUAUGGUCUGGCUGCAAUUGCCGUGGCUCGUGCCGUGCUGUCUUUCGAUGUUGGGACAGAUAGUUGGAGUAUUGCUAGGUUCAUAGACAACUGGGAUCUGCAUCUACUGACGUUCGGCUUGUGGUUUGCAGCGACCAUUUAUCUAUUCCACAGAAUGCGCUCGUCUGGAAGGAUAUCGAGUUUAGUCGUUGUUACAGUUACCAUGUGGAUGACGGCACAGCUGUUUGCAGCACAGCUGAGGAGUGGAUCGCUUGCGGAGAGAAUUGAUUUUGAUGGGAAAGGAAGAAGCAUUGAGUGCAUGGAUGCAUACAAGUGGCUAGGAAAUAUUUUGCCUUAA